AAUUUUUACUUUUAAAGGUGUUGGCUAAAUAGACUCAAGCUUUGCUUUUCCUUGAUGAAAUCAGAAAUUUAGUUCACUAGUAUUGGUUCAUGAUGUGAUCUCUAAAAAUCAACGUUGGUUAUAUAAAUUACAGAUUAUGAGUUUAAAGUAAUUAGGACGAAUAACACCACCAAUAUAGAGCUGCAUUAAAUAAUAUUAAAUUUCAUUGGGAACAUUUUUAAUUAUCAAAUAUUUGCAAAUAAGAAAAUUCUAAUUAAUUAGUCAAUGGGUAUGCAAAAGGAGACAAAAAUGGAACAAGGGAAUCUGUCCAUAUAAAACUAAUGAUUACCAUCUUUUAUAGAUGCAUAACAUUUGAUAUACUUUUUUUAGUGAUGACGCAUGAUAAAAUAAGGUCAUUAUCAAAAACAUCAACAAUAUUAGAAUAAUAGGGCAGUUUAAGUCUUUCACUUAAAGUAUUGCAUAAUUAGAUCAAUUUUCAUAGCAUAAAG